CUGGCGAAUGUCACGAGGCCUAGGUGGAACUUGCGUAGCACGCCGUUUAUUGCACCCGAUAUCCAACCAUGCAGCGCUGCUUCACAUUAACCAUUGUACGGCACUGGGCCCUUCGAAAGAAACUUCUCACAAUCAGCUACAAACAAUCUGCAGCCAUGUCUACACUUCUGAUAAACCAGCCCAAAUAUGCCUGGUUGAAAGAAUUAGGCCUGAGUGAAGAUAAUGACGGUGUUUACAACGGGAACUGGGGAGGCAAAGGAGAGGUAAAAUAAGCAAGGGGAUUAGCUAGUACACGUUAUGUGGGUCCUGGAUUCUAAAUAUAAAUCCAGACAUGGUUAUAAAACACAUUGUCUGCAAGCUAGCUAGGCCACUUAGCUUGCCACGUUAAGCUAAUAGCCCAAGUUUGACAAUUGAGGCAAAUCAAAAUGUUACGCAAACUUGUCCGAAUAGUUUGUUGCUUUGACUUUUGAGGUUUGUCUUCGUUCUUGUUUAAUUCAUUGACACAUUUGCUAGGUUAUACAAUGUAACGUAAGUAAGCAAAUUCAACCAAGUUCAGUUGCUAUACUUCAGCGAAUAUGUCUCCACUGUAUUUGGUUAGCAUAGAAAACUACCUAGGUAACAGGUUCACUUUGCUAUCUAGACACGUCGUGGACUUUCAUGAUACUGUAUACGUGAACCUACUUGACACGGUCCAGCUUGCUAGCAUUCAUAGCUAGCACAUGGUAUCUACAGGUUUACAAAAAAAAAAGCGUGCGACAGAUUUACAGCUGUCAAACUAUUACAUGACAGACAUACAUGACUUAAUUAGGUAGUUAUGAAGUCACUGUAAAUGUAUACUGUUAACUGUUUGAACUUCUUCCUACAGUUUUCUUUAUCUUUUUUUUGCGCACAAUGAACAUGUCUUACCCUACAGUGACACCUAUUGGCCAGAUAUGAUAGUAAAUAGGACGUUGAAUUUGAUUCGGUUGAUCACUCUAACUUCAAUCUUAGUCAUUUUCCCUCAAUAACCCCCAAUGCAAUUGUCAGGGAGUAUCAUGGUAUAACCCAUCGACAGCCUUUCAUUUUACUGUACACUUAUGUAUUCUUUAUAGACUAACUUAUAAAGAGUAAGAUAUAUAAUGUCAAGUAUAAGUAGUGGCCAAUGUGCUGAAAAGUGCACUGCUCUCAGUGGCUUCAGAUAACAAUGAAGUAUCCAAUUCAAAGGCUGUGAACUGUAUACAGUCAUCAAUUUCCUGCUCAUGUGGUGGGGUGUAAUUUUCUAACGGAUGUUUGUUCUUCAAGGUCAUCACGUCAUAUUGCCCUGCCAACAAUGAGCCCAUCGCCAGAGUACGCCAGGUAAUGUCAAUAAGGUCUCACAGUUCUAUCAGAGUAAACCACUGUCACCAUUUUGGGAUGUAAACCACUGUCGCCAUUUUGGGAUGUAAACCACUGUCACCAUUUUGGGAUGUAAACCACUGCUACCAUUUUGCAAUUUAACACAGAAAUUGUGCAUGGCCCUAAUGGUGGUUUUCUAUUAAAUUCUACUCACCUAGACGUCAACCUUAUUUGUUUAAAAAUGUCAGACCAGCUCAUUUUCCAAAAGCUUCUGAAUGGCCUUGUCUUCAAGGCGUCAGUUGCUACUUAAUUGUUCAAGCCAAACCAGGUUUACAUUCCUAAUGCUUCCCUACAGAUCAAAAGUCCAACAUUAAUCAACAGACCUGGAUUCAGUUACUUUAACUAUUUUUCUGUUUUAAAAGUCUCGAAGGAGCCUUACUGACCCCAAUGUAAAACGUUAACGUAGUGAAGUUACUGGAUACCGCUUCUUCUUUUGAUCAGGCAACCAUGGCAGAAUAUGAAGAAACUGUGCAGAAAUCGAGGGAAGCCUGGAAGGUGUGGGCAGAUGUAAGUAUGGUGACUUAACCAAGAACGUGUCCUCAUUGCUAAUUUCAUUUCACCUUUGAACACGCCAACACUAAAAAUCUAAUUUUCUUGUCAAAUCUAGAUUCCGGCCCCUAAAAGAGGAGAGAUUGUGCGUCAGAUUGGCGAUGCAUUGAGGAAAAAGAUCAAAGUCCUGGGCAGUUUGGUAAGAGCGCUGUAGUCUGUGCUGCAAUCACACAUUAAAAGGGUUACAUAACUACGAUGAUCAGCUUCACAGUAGCUCCAUAUACAUUGACACAACAUCCUAGAACUUGUCUCGUUGGUGCUUGAGGGGAGAGGACAGAACCAUGCUAAUAAGGGAUGCAGUACUCAAAAUCGAACAGUGCUCAAAAAGGAAACUGUUUUCUGUUCGUAGGUGUCCCUGGAGAUGGGGAAGAUCUAUGUUGAGGGAGUCGGUGAGGUGCAGGAAUAUGUUGACGUCUGUGACUACGCUGUUGGACUGUCUCGCAUGAUCGGAGGUCCAGUUCUCCCCUCUGAAAGUAAGUCUGCAGUUAUCAAUCCAUUUAAAUAUUGUCUAUUUGCAGGAGGGUGGUAGUGGGGUUUAGAAAACAAAGUGUGCAGGCUUUUACUCCAUUCCUGCUCUAACACUCCUGAUCCUACUCAUCAGUUGCUCACCACGAACUUGAGAACAGGGCCACAGCUCUAGCAUCUGUCCAUAUAGUCUUAUUCAUUAUGAUCUAAAAAAAGCUCAACUAAUCCUAGAUCUGCACUCCUACUCUGAGAUGCUUUGUGGAUACGGGCCCAGGACUGGAGUACAAGCCUGUGCACACAGUAGUGUUCCAGGACCGAUGUUGGAGAAUCCUGCGAUGAUGGUGUUAAAGACAUUUAGAAAAGAAAAGUCUUCAGUUUAAGCGAUUUCUCUUUAGGACCGGGCCACGCGCUGAUCGAGAUGUGGAACCCUGUGGGUCUGGUGGGCAUCAUCACAGCCUUCAACUUCCCUGUGGCCGUCUACGGCUGGAACAACGCCAUCGCCCUCAUCUGUGGCAACGUCUGCCUCUGGUGAGCGCCCACAGGGUCACGCUGUUAACUGUUCUACGUCACUGAAAUGAUAUUUGUAACAGUCUUCGUCUCUCUGCCAGUUUCGUUUUGGUAAUGUCGCAAAUAACUUCUGCAAGGGGACUCGGGCUUCUCUGUAAGGACUCAAACCUGUUUGAAGGGAAUCAGGUUCACAUUAUGGCAGUGUACACAGCUCCUAUUCCAGCUCUGCAAUGUUUUUGUGUUGAAUUUCCUCUUUAGGAAAGGAGCUCCCACCACCCCUCUCACCAGUGUAGCUGUAACCAAGUAGGUGUCUUUGCGUACUUUAUUGGAGGUUGAAGAGUUAAUGCAAAUUCUCUUAUUUUAGUUACUGUCAUGUUGAAGAGAAAAUGUAGACUAAAUGUAAAUUGUUCAUACUCCAAAAUGGAUGACUCAAUUAAACCACCAAACCAAUUUUCAUCAACACACAGAUGGUUAGAAACGUGUAGAAUUGGGUUAGAUUGUGCUCAGUCGUGCGUGUACACACGUGUUCCAACAGAAUCGUGGCCGACGUGUUGGAGCAAAACAACCUGCCUGGUGCUAUCUGCUCCAUGACAUGCGGUGGCGCUGACAUCGGGUGAGUCUCCUGCCCUAGUCAAACGCUUAUCACUCACUGACUUCUGUCCUUUCUCCUGGUACACUACUCCCUAAAAAUGAAAAAUAAUUGGAUUGGUGUAGGCAUGGGCAAGAGGGAGUGUCCACCAUAUUUCUUACACUAGUCACUUCCUUUCGAACGCACAGCACAGCAAUGUCCAAGGACGAGCGCGUCGACCUGGUCUCAUUCACUGGCAGCACCCACGUGGGCAAGAUGGUGGCCAUGAUGGUGCAGGAGAGGUUUGGUGAGUCGGCACCUCCUCGUCCACAUUUGUUUCACCUCUCAACCAAACAUGACCACAUUUGGGAAGCAUUGCUUUAUUUUAUUUUUUAUAACAUUAAGUGUUUUUUUUUGUACAGGUCGUAAUUUGCUGGAGCUUGGCGGGAACAACGCCAUCAUAGGUAAGGGUGUGAAGACACUACAUUAAAUAGAUAGCCAAUUAUGAUUAGGUUGUAGCUUGUUGGUUAUUGUCAUGAUACUGGGACAUGAUACUCAGUAGUUGUACAUGCAUGAGCAGACAGAUUUAUGAAUUGCCUCACAAAAUAGCUGUGAGGCUAUAAAAGUAUGAUAAUUACGACUAUGAAAAUACUAGUCUGUCCAUAAAGUUACCAGUCACUUAGAUACAAUUCCUAAGAAAUGAAAUGGUGUAUAAACGGUUAUGUGUGUCUUCAGUGUUUGAGGAUGCUGAUCUGAGCCUUGUGGUGCCUUCUGCCGUCUUUGCUUCUGUGGGAACUGCUGGACAACGCUGCACCACCACCAGGAGGCUGGUAAGUAGACAGCAACAUAAAGGACCACAAUGCUCAUAUCUGACCAAUGCAGAAGGCACACACGUAUACAGUUGAAGUCGGAAGUUUACAUACACUUAGGUUGGAGUCAUUAAAACUCGUUUUUCAACCACUCCACAAAUGUCUUGUUAACAAACUAUAGUUUUGGCAAGUCGGUUAGGACAUCUACUUUGUGCAUGACACAAGUAAUUCUUCCAACAAUUGUUUACAGACAGAUUAUUUCACUUUUAAUUCACUGUAUCACAAUUCCAGUGUGUCAGAAGUUUACAUACACUAAGUUGACUGUGCCUUUAAACAGCUUGUAAAAUUCCAGAAAAUUAUAUCAUGGCUUUAGAAGCUUCUGAUAGGAUAAUUGACAUCAUUUGAGUCAAUUGGAGGUGUACCUGUGGAUGUAUUUCAAGGCCUACCUUCAAACUCAGUGCCUCUUUGCUUGACAUCAUGGGAAAAUCAAAAGAAAUCAGGCAAGACCUCAGAAAAAAAAUUGUAGACCUACAAUCCAAGGCCCUGUUUGAAUUAUUUUACACUCCGUUUCUCCUUCCUUUAAGUUACCGAUGACUUUGUUUUAGAUGCUGCACGGAAGCAUCCAUGACGUAGUGGUGGAGAGGGUAGCCAAAGCCUACAAACAAGUCCGCAUUGGAGACCCCUGGGACCGUAAGUCCUUCUGUAAAAUGGAUCAGCCAAUUCUGUACAACUUUAAUACUAAGAUGGCUGAACAUGAGACCGCAAUACAAGUGUGAAUCACAUGUUGCAUGUUGAUUUAAUAUAAAUGUCCCCCUUUUCCCCUACAGCGAGCACUAUGUACGGCCCGCUCCACACCAAGCAGGCUGUGGACCAGUACCUGGCAGCCAUUCAACAGGCUAAGCAACAGGGUGGCACUGUAGUGUGUGGAGGAAAGGUACUGUACUGUGGUCCUACUGUGAAAUUAGAGCACCUCUGUGUGAUGUGGGCUCUUAGGAACAAACCAUGUGUGAAGAAGUCUCUAUUGAUACUCUGUAUGGAGUCUAAAGGAACGUUAAUAUGCCAUUUUAAGAGGACACGCCUUAAGUUGAAAAAUGGCACUUGCACUACACAAUCUCUCUCACAAUUUCUCUCUAGCAUAAAUGAUCAAUUUGGAACCCAGUAGAAAGUGCAAAUAAGACUACAAGCCGGUAUCUGCUAAUGUAUGGAAUAGCUGUCAAUUAAAACCUGAACAGUGGGAGUAUCAGAGUUGCAGGCUUUAUUGUUUUGUUUUGGUCGCCAGGUGAUGGAUCGUCCUGGAAACUACGUGGAGCCCACCAUCAUCACAGGACUGGCUCACGAUGCGCCCAUCGUUCACACCGAGACCUUUGUCCCCAUCCUCUACGUCCUCAAGUUCCAGGUAGGACAUCCAUUACCUCCUGCCUCAGGAGCCUGGUUAAACCAGAUGGAAUGCUGCACUCAGUCUGGUUCAACCAGGUAAGCUGUACCCUGCGCAAUGUUGAAAACCAGAGAAGGUGGCUACUGGCCCAUUUUGGUUCCUGGUUAAUCAGGGGGAAAAAUAAAAUCCCUGCUAACUCUUAUCUCUGUUGUCCACUCAGACUGAGGAGGAGGCGUUUGCCUGGAACAACGAGGUCAAGCAGGGCCUCUCCAGCAGCAUCUUCACCAAGGACAUGGGCAGAGUCUUCCGCUGGCUGGGGUAAGAGCUGGGUGGUGUGUGUGAAGUCCCUCUGAUACGACGCAGUAGUUCCAGAAUGUUAGUGGGAUUUGGGUUGUGGCUGAGGACUGGGUCUUAGCUUGAAAACAGGUUUGAUCCACUUGAUGGACACCAAGAAUACUCCAAAAGCCUCAGGUGGACCACAGCACACAACGCUGUGUAUACAGUACAACAUCUAGUCUGUGUCUAAGUGGUGUAGACCUUGGAAAAUGGAGGUAGGCCUAUUCAUUGUAAACAUGCUUUCUUCCUCUAGACCUAAAGGAUCGGACUGCGGCAUCGUGAACGUCAACAUUCCUACCAGCGGAGCUGAGAUUGGAGGAGCUUUCGGUACGUUGGCUGUCUGUCUGUCUGUAGACUUUUCUUCCCUGUGUGCGUUAGGCUAACGUGUGUGUGUGUGUGUUUCCAGGUGGGGAGAAACACACAGGAGGGGGACGGGAGUCUGGCAGCGACUCUUGGAAGCAGUACAUGAGAAGGUCCACAUGGUGAGUGAAUAAAAUAAAUGCUCUCUGCCAGAUCACACCCCACUGGAAUAUUUCAGUUUGUUCCACAUCUCUUUAUGGCAGACCCUCUAUAUCUAUCACAGUUGGAACACUGCCAUGUAAAUAAUGUAAUGCAUAGGCCCCAAAUUCACUGCGCUAUGAACCAUGGUUUUACCAGGGUCUCCCUUCAGUAUAUUUAGCGUUAUCAGACUCCUUAUAAAGGGCUGGAAAGAAUAAACUAUUUUAAUUGAGCAUUGGGAAAAUAUGGAUACUUGAUAGAAUAGGAAAACUGUCUAACUGUUCUUCUCCCCUUUCAGCACUAUCAACUACAGCAAGGAUCUUCCUCUAGCUCAGGGAAUCAAAUUUGAGUGAAGCGGGCACACAAGGAACCAGGACCCAGUCAACCUUGAUGAAUCCAUGAGGGAAACUAAAACACUAACUAACCAUUUGGACUUUGCAUAGUUUAUUCUCCAAAAUGCUAAACUUCUGUCCUAGCAACUUUUACAAUCAGAAGAUUAAUUGGAAUUGGCCAAGUGGGGCAACCGGAUGCAUUUGUGCAUUUUGGGUUGGUAAAGGUGGUGGAAUGUGGUUGUAGAAUUUGUUUAUUUUGUUGUGACUGUAAGGGUUAGUUGCAAAUGGAAAGUUAAUACUCCCAUUUUCUAUUGUAAAGAUGUUACAUUUGUGCUGAAACGGUGAAAUGGAACUAACCACCCUAGUUGUGCACUUUGUUUGUAGCACUUAACUUUAGUACUCCACUCUGCUUUCUAAAACUGUACCAGUAAUACUGUACCAGGUACUUUGUACAAAUAAAUCAUGCCUUUAUUUUGGAAAGA